AUGAGUGCACAUUCGGAAUCAUCUGACAGGUCCACCAUGGCACCUCCAGCAGACACUGCAAAUUUGGGAGUUCAAUUGAGCGAGAUGUUAAACAAAUUCAAUGAAUUGAGCGUGGAAAUAUCAACCCAAAGGCGUAUGAUUGACCAACUGGUUGCUAGCAGUGGCGGUAUCCAACAUGAUCCCAUGCCUAUUAGCCAGUCUGAAAUAGAACAUCAACCACCUCCUCUAUCCCAUACCCAAGUUACCUUUGAACCAUCCUUUGUAAACAUACCCGAAGAGACUUUCACCUACCCCGAUUCCAGUUUUCCAUAUACUUACCCCCAUAACAUCCAAGUCAACCCGACCAGCAUUCAAAUGCCUCAGAAUUGCCCAGACUCUCAAGUACCUCAUCACACCACUAUUGAGCCAUUCAUGUUGGAUGCUGCUAUGCAAGGGAAGGUGGAAACAGGCGAAUCCUCCACCCCAAUAGACAAAAAUCUGUUGAAAAGAUUGGAUAAAUUUGAUGAAUUCAUGAGAAAAAGCCAAGGAUUGAGCAAGUCUGGAGGCUUGGAUUUUGAUGAGUUGUGUCUCUUCCCAAACGUGCAAUUGCCUUUGGGUUUUAAAAUACCCAAAUUUAGUAAGUAUGAUGGAACUGGUAACCCCAAGACGCAUCUAAGACUAUUUGCAAAUAAGUUGGGAAAGCCAAUAGAUGAUGAAAAUUUGCCAAUACGUUUAUUCCCGGAGAGCUUAGAAGGUGAUGCCCUGAAUUGGUAUUCCAAUAUAAAGCCUGAGGAAAUGAGAACAUGGUUGGAUUUGUCAACUGUUUUCGUGAGACAAUACGAGUACAAUUGUGAACUUGCUUCAACGAGGACCACGUUUGAAGGCACUAAAAGGAAACCAUCUGAAGAUCAUAAGACAUAUGCCAAGCGAUAG